GUAGAGAUACUGGGUUGCAAAGGAGCAAAAUAAAUAAAUACAGUAUGGGGAUGAAUUAGUUGGAUGGGCUGUUUACAUAUGUGCGAGAUGAGUGGGCCGUUGCUCAAGGAGAGGGAGACUGUCGGACAUUGUAGCAGCAGGUAUGCCUAUGUAGUCUACCAUAUGAUAGAGAAGAGACCAAUAACUAGGUGGCCAAUUCAAAACAUAUCUUGUACCCUCAAGUUAAUUGUUUAGCUACACUGAACAAAAAUAUAUAUGCAACAAUUUUGUGCCCUGCACAACAACAGGUGACGGUACAUGGGAUCAGUGAGCAGUCGCCCAGUGUCCACAUUGUUGGUCAUCCAAUUGUUGGUCAUGGAAAUCUGGUUASAAGUCAUGGAGAAGUUAUGAAAUUCCGUCUGUUGAAAUGUGUAUGAACCCUGAAUUUGACUAGAUAUGAAAUUAGGCUAAGGUCCAAUUUUGGGUUCUUAUUAAGUCUAGUUACAGUAGUGUUUUAAAAGUAUUGGGAGGUUGCAGCGACGAGACAAUUGGAUAUCAUAAAAUUGUGGAGAAAAGGGGCGUUAAAAAUAAAAUAAGUAUGAAUUUWAAAAAACGUCUUGGAAGUUUGGUUCUGUAAAUGCAUUUGAUUUAAAAGUUCUCUAAGUUCAAAAUGCACAAGUCCCUCUGCGGCCCAAUUUGGAUCUGGAGUCAUAGGUGAAAUAAAGUUGUCUUGGCUGACUCUCUUCACCACUAGGUGAACAGUCUGACAGUGUGGCGCAUGCUUUGUGUGUGAGUGCUAACGCUCUGCGUCCCUUUGCAUGAUGUGUGGUGUGUGGCCUAACCAUGAGCAGGACAGCACUGAUGCAUUUGGAGAGACAGCUGGAGUCAACCCUAUCAACCAGACACUGCAGAUGGACAAACUACCUCACUGGAAUUCCCAACGCCCAAACCCCUGAACAAUAUGCCCCUGUCCCCUUCCCCCGGCCAUCCCCGGAGCCUUUUCCUGGACCGCUCCCAGUCUGCUCCAGCCUACAUGCGCCAGGCUGGGGCCCCAACACCAGGACCGAGCCAGAGCCAAACAGAGCCUGGCUUCCAGGGUCUCCCCAUCCCUGGACCCUCAUCCCAGGCCCAGAACACAGCACCUACAGCCCAACAGUCUCCUCUCUCAGGCCCCAGCCCUACCAACCCCACCCAGCCCCUCCUUUCCACCAUCACCACUCCCCCGGCUCUGUCCACGUGCUCCCUUCCUGCAGACAAGAUGGUGACUGGGACUCCCACCUUGGGAGGUUCAGCCAGUCAGAUCCCUUCAGCCACAGAGAUUGGGUGUGCCUCUGAGAAGGCAGGGAACAGCUCAGUGUUCCCCCACCCAGAGGAAAGCCUUACCACUCAGCCCAUGGAGCAGGAGGAGGACAUGUCAGACACCAUUACAGAUCACUGGACCUGUCUGAGUUCCCCACGUCAGCAUAGUGAAGGGGGUUCCCAAUAUCCCCACCAGCKCGUCUCUAAUCCCCCAUCACUCACACUAGAACCCUGUCCUUUUGGAUCCACCUCUACAGAGAUCAAGUCUCCCCCUGCCUCCUCCCAGAACACUGUGCCAUCAGAGAGGGACCAGCCAGAGGGGAAGCGCUGUUCCUACUCAGACCAGAUCCCAUCUCUGGCCCAGGCACUGCUGGAGCUCCAUGAGCUGCUGGUGUCUAACAGCCGUAGCCUGUCCCCUCAGGACCGCAGUGCCUCCUGCUCCCCCUCACACAGACAGAACGCUGACGGACUGGACGACAACCACAACCCCACCGUAGAGCCCCGAGUCCUGACACCUGAAAACACCACCCAACCCUCCCCCUCUACUGCCAUUACAGCUGGUGCAGAACCAUGUGAUGCCAAAGCCAACCAUCCUGCUGCUGUGUCUAACAGAGGACCUCCUCCUGACUGUGUCCUGCCAGGCUCCUCUGAGCAGAGCCUGGAGACCAGGACCGAGGCUGAACCAGGAGAGGGACACGGGGAACCAGAACCACAGUGUCCAAAGAGCUCCUGGUGGGAAAGGAGGGCAGAUGGGUAUGGGCUAGAUAACAGUAAAAGCAAAGGGACUGUGUCUGAAGCCAAAGGCCCCUCUUCACUUCAAGCAGACCUGGUGUUCAGGGAGCCCCCUGAGGGGCAGCAGGGGAGGGGUGUGGCAGACGGGAGAGCCUCUGGCAAUGACAACCCAAACACACUCAACCUCCAACCUGACACAACACAGCAGAGCCCCCUGUCCAUGGCUGCUGGCUCACCUGGGGAGGAGUCUGGCGUUUCGCCCCGCACUUCACCUCUUCCUCAGGCCCCGAACCACCCCUCCUCCUCAGCCGCUCUCAUGUCUGCUCCACGUCUCUUUACCGAUGAUCACAUCCAAAGGAUCCAGGCAGCUGGCUUCUCUGCCAGGGAGGCUGCGGAGGCACUGGAACAGGCCCAGGGCAGUGUGGAGCUGGCUCUGCUGGCACUACUGGCCCGCAAGAUCACUGUGCCCACCUAGACACUCACAACAUUGCAAUCAUGUAAGAGUCCUAGCCUCUGUCAACAUGGGUUUUAUUUGUGCUCUUUUCUUAUUGUUGAUGGUGACAUCUGAAUUCCCUGGCCUCACAUGCCGAAGGGGAAAUGCUGUCAGUCUCUUGGUUUCUCACAGACCAUACAACCAACUGUUAUUUGUUCCUAGAUUUAGCCGAUAUGAUCUGAGGUGUGUGUGUGUGCAGCAGUUGGUGGUGCCUCAGAAGAAACCUGUUUUUAUGUAUUUUAUAGAUGAGAUUUAGUAGAUUGAUUUCCUUCACACCCCCCCCCAACUCCAUAUAUACAUAUUUCAUUAUAAACACUAUUGAAUUGCCCCAAUGAUUUAGGUUAAUGUUUACAGUUGUGUGUGUGAAAUAUCAUUUUAUAAAGGGCUGAAGAUGAGUUAAAAUGUCAGGUUUGUGAGGAGUAUCAUUGAUGCGCCAAACAAUUAAAUGGUUUUAAAAUAAUGUUCGAUUUUUUUUUUUUAACUCAUCUCAGAUUCUGGUAAUAAAACCCACCAUACCGUCAACUUAUUGCACUGGACAUAGCUCCAUUUUAAGAAGCAUUGCUAACUGGUGUUCUUUGCCUUCUUCUGCCAAUGUUAUCAUGUUGUAAUAUGACAUUCAGUCAAGUAAUUAUUGCCAAUCCUGAGGAACUUGAUGGUGGUUUUAAUUUUUAAACGUCUUGCACGAAGAAGAAAAAAAUCAAGCAGCACUAUUUUUCAAAUGACCCUUUUAUUUUCCWCAUUCCUUGGAUUUAUAGAGGAACGUCAAAAUAGAUGAGGACAUAUUCAGCAAAGUUAUAAGCCACACGUUGGAAUUUUUCUGAAAAAUGUCAGUGUGUGAUUGUGAAGGAUAAAGAGGUCUUCAAAUAUAACAGCACGUGUAAUGGGGAUGUCUGGAAAUGUGGUUUCUAAGUUAUAGAAGGGUUUUGGAGUUUCCUGUUCAGUUUACCUUGGUUUGUUUCAGAUAUCUAUCAUGCAUUAGAAUUACUCCAUCCCCCAUCAACUGGUAAUCUCUCCCACAGUCCAAGUCUACCCUAUCCAGCUGACUGAUUUAUUUGCUCAGUCAUUCAUGUAACCAUUAUAUAUUUAAAUUGUAUUAUUUGGGUCAUAUUCAUAUACCAACUACAUCGAGGCAAGUUCAAUUAUUUAGUUAWCUUGUACUCCAUUUUAAACUGUAAGGUAAAACUGGUUCUUUCUAUUGUAUGUGUGGGGUUUGGGAUAUUUCUAGGGAAUGGGUGUUAAGGAUUGUAAUUAAAGCUAUGUUUUUCUAA